AUGGCCUCCGAAAACGAAAACAACGACGCCACCCAACCCACCUCCGUCUCCGUCCCUCCUUCCACGGUGCCCCCCACUGCCAGGUCUUGCUGCAUGUCAAUGGAGGACAUAUUGAUAGCCUCCAGGGUCGACUUGUCGACUGACGAGUUGGGGGACUAUCUGAGGAGGCGGCGCGCUAGGGAGGAUGAGCUUUUUGGGGAAGGGGGGCAGUCUCGUAAGCCGUGGGAGGCUGUAGGGAGGGAGGGUGUGUCGGGAUGGAAUGAUGGUGCUGGUGUCACAAGGGAGAGUAAUGAAGAGUGA